AUGGAGGACAAUGAACAACCCUCAACAUCUGAUGGACUGGAUAUAGGUGAAACCAAGGGGACUUUAUCUAUGAAUGAAGUUAUACGGAGAGUUUUAAUGCCAGUGGAUGGAAGUGAGCACAGUGAAAGAGCAUUUAAAUGGUAUAUGGAUAAUAUUAUGAAAUUAACUGACGGUUUAUAUUUGGUUCAUAUAGUUGAACCAUUAUCGGCUGGAUUAAAUUAUAGUCUUGCAAGUAAAUCACCGUCUAUGAAAGAUGAUUUUUCCCGUCAUAUGAAUUCACUCAUUGAUUCAGGUCGGACAUUACGUGAGAAAUUUCUUUCACGUUGUGAAGAAGCAGGUUUAUCGGCAAGAUUUACCAUACAUGUUGGAACUAAACCAGGUGAAAAUAUUGUUCGCCUUGCACAGGAAAAUGCAGCUAACUUAGUCAUUGUUGGCAAUCGUGGCAUUGGAACAGUUCGUAGAACAUUUCUGGGUAGUGUAAGUGAUUACAUUUUGCACAAUGUUAAUGUUCCGGUUAUCAUAAUACCACCACCUAAGCAUUCAAAAAAGAAAUAG